AUGGACAAGGAAAUCCUGGCAGUCCAUUCAACGUUGCAUCUAAUCUUCCAUCGCAACAAAAAUCAGCAUCGUCGAACCAAAUGGUGGAAAUGGCUAUCCAUCUUGAAACGCGCCACAUUGGAUUUCGCCCGAUCGGGGGUAAAAUCCCACCUGGCCAUCGUGAUCCCCAGAUGUUACAUCGCUUUUUCAACUGUCGUUGCCGAUAACCAAUUCUCUACCCUGGGAAUCGUGCUGUUAGCUGCAUUGGCGCGACUGUCCAAAAUCACCGGGAUCAGUCAUCAGCUGAAGGUGCAACCUGUGAGCAAGUCUAAGAUUAUUCCAGUCGCAAAGGAAGAUCUUGGGGAACGCAUUCGUCGGAUUGACACUGUGCCACUCGCCCCAGUCAAGAUCUCCCAACCGGAUUCCAAGGCCUCAAAAGUCUCCAUGGUCUCCCAGGUCAAAGAGAAGUCCACGGAAAAACUUAAAGACGUCCCAAAAACCACGAAAAAGAAAAAGAAGAACGCCAUCGAUGAUUUGUUCAGCGGUUUAUUUUGA